AUGACUGUCGAAAAUGACAGCCCAAAAGGUGACGUCGAGACCGUAAUUGAGGUCUACGAACUUCAUGCAUCUGCCUCGAGUGGGCGUGCGAGACGAGACCACGAUCAAUUAGCUCGGUUAGGCAAAAAAUCUGUUCUCAAGCGUCACUUUAGUUUCAUGUCCAUCCUAGGCUUCAGCUGCACCGUCCUCAUCACCUGGGAAGUCACCCUCAUCGUCUACCCCCAGAGCCUUCUCAACGGCGGCCCAGCCGGCGUCGUGUACAGUUUCCUAGUCGUCUGGCUAGGCAACGCCUGCCUCUUCUCUACCCUCUCGGAGCUCGCAUCCCUCGCCCCUACAUCAGGAGGCCAAUACCACUGGGUAUCGAUGCUGGCUCCCCGGUCCUGCGCCAAGUUCCUCAGCUACGUGACCGGUUGGCUGGCGUUGACGGGAUGGCAGGGCAUAACAUCUUCUGUUGGAUACCUCAUGGGGACGACGAUCCAAGGGUUAAUCGCUCUGACAGUCCCGUCGUACAGUCCGCAGCCAUGGCAGGGAACUUUGCUGCUUUGCGCCUCCGUCUUGCUCUGCGUUCUCGUCAACGGAGGAGGAAGCUCGAUACUUCCCAAGAUUGAGGGGAUGAUUCUGGUUCUUCACAUUCUGGGCUUCUGUGCCUUUCUUAUUACCUUGCUUACUCUUGCGAACCACAAUGACGUUUCGCCUAUUUUUACUACUUUUUACAAUGGAGGUGGCUGGCCGAGUCAGGGACUGUCGUUUAUGGUUGGUUUGAUGGGUAAUGUCUAUGCAAUCGUCGGUGUCGACUCAUCUUUCCACAUGUCAGAAGAGGUCAAAAACCCUUCAAUAACAGUACCACGCUCAGUCAUGACCAGCAUAGCUAUAAAUGGCGUGGCAGGUUUCGCAAUGGUGAUUGCCAUACUCUUGGCCAUUGAUAUCAACAACAUAGAAGCCGCGAUAACGUCUCGCACUGGCUUCCCGUUCAUGGACCUGCUCCUCAAGGUGACGGGAUCUAUGUCUGGGACCGCUCUUCUAAUAACCAUCAUAAUUAUAAUGUGCGCUUUCUGCUCUAUCGGCGUCUUUGCCUCGUCAUCUCGGGUCAUGUGGUCCUUUGCCCGAGAUCGUGGUCUGCCGUUCUGGCGCCAUUUAUCAAAGGUCGAUCCUCGCACCUCCGUUCCAUUGUGGGCCAUUGCCGUCACAACCGUCAUCUCAUGCCUCCUCGCCCUCAUCAACAUCGGAUCUACCAUUGCUUUCAACGUUGUCGUCUGCCUCUCCGUCUCAGGCGUCUAUUCCUCCUACCUCAUCGUCACCGUUUUACUCCUCUAUCGCCGUUGCACAGGCGCCCUCGAAAUAUCUAAUCCCCAUGUCUCGGAUUCGUCUGGCAAGGAGCUUGUUUGGGGCCCAUGGCAUAUCCCCGGCGUCUAUGGCAUCAUCAACAACGUUUUCGCAAUUGCUUAUUUAAUAAUCAUCUUGAUUGUUAGCUGCUUCCCUCCGGUGAUUCCGGUCCAGGCAUCAACUAUGAACUACAGCAGUAUAAUAACAGGGAGCGUCACCAUUUUCAGUGUCGUGUACUACUUGGGGUGGGCGCGGAAAGUGUACCAGGGACCUAUUGUUGAGAUUUGA